AAAGCACUCCAGUUAACAGGAGGACGUCGAUCGCGGUGUGAGGAUGAGCUAUAAAGGCCGUGGUCUACUUGGCGAACAUGUUUUAGGUCUCCGUAGAGCUGUCAGAUGGACCUGGGUUUCUUUUUAUUCUCUGUCAUCUGUCUGCUCGGAGCUGCGCUGUGCUCCAACGGCGACAACAUCAGUUGUCCGUGUCCAAAUAUUCCUUCAUUUGAUCUAACUGAACCUCCACCAGAGACCUGCUACCAAAUUGCCGACGUUUUCCGCUACACAUGCAUUGGAGGUUACUCGAGGAAGGCGGGAACUUCAAAUCUCAUCAGAUGCAAGCUUGAGGAUGGUUCUUCAAAGUGGUCCACCCCUUCCCUUGAGUGUAUAACUGACCCCAAAAUAACCAAAACACAACCACCAAAGAGCACAGUAACAACGAGACACACUGAUAUUCCCCAUGACUCCACCAUUGCCACUUCAGUCACAGCAGCUUCCCCGACUGCAGAGAAGACCCAGAGUAUAAGCACCACAGCUUCAGUGACUACAGGAAGAGACAGGACAGAGUCGACCUCAGCUGGUCUACCGGCCCAGACAAAUCACUCACAGGCAGGAACUGUUGUGACAGAGACUAAAGGGACGCACCGGACAACAUCAACCUCAACCACCACUGAGCCUUCAAGCAACAGGAACGUCUCUGCAAAGUCACCGACUGCUGCAUUCGAUCAUGGCAGCACAACAACAGCGGUGAUCGGCUGUGCUUCAUUGGCCUUCGUCAUAGCUUUGAUCGGAAUCAGCCUAUAUUGUUAUAAAAGGAAGUCAAGAAACGGCAUCCCACCAGAGCCAGCACAAGAACAGUUAUACAUGUAUGUUCCAUCUGACCAGGCGUCGUAGAGUUUGUUCUACGUGACCGGCCACUGCCACAGAGAGCAGCCACACAGCCUAACUAGUCUAUAUCGACGAUGUUUCAUUGACGGGAUAGUUCCGGUGCCACUGGAGGUUCCGCUGGAUGUCCCUCAUCCCGAGCUUUCUUUGUGUUGGCAUUCUAAACUCCGGUCAAUUCGGGAAACAUCCUCCGAGCUAGAACCGACAAUCAAAUUAUA